AUGCUAACUAAUAAUCAAACUUUAACAUAUCUCCAAAUGGGUUGUAAUAAAAUUGAUGAUAAAGGUAUAAAAUUAGUUGCUAAUGCAUUAAAAAAAAAUAAAAUAUUAAAAAAUUCAUUAAUUGGAUACUGUGAAAUUGGUACAAAGAGUGCAAAAUAUUUAGCUAAAAUAUUUCAAACAAAUUCAACAUUAAUGGUACUUGAUUUAUGUCAUAAUCAAAUUAUGGAUGAUGGUGUUAUCGCAAUCAUUGAUGCAUUAAAUUUAAGUGAUUAUAGUUAUAUCAUAUAA